AGCUGAGGCUGGGCGCCCCGAUGCAGCUCCAGCUACGGACUGUGUACUGACGGAUCUGUCGUUUCAAAGUAGCUGAGAGAGCCGUUAACGCUUGUUUCUGGCAGCUGCUGUUUUUAUCUCACAUUACUGAGGCAAUGCAGUCCCAGGGCAGCACUUCCUCUCAGCCCUCUUUUGAUUCCCUGAGCUCCAGCGACAGCCUCUUGUUCAGCGACUCGGAGCAAGCAGAGGACGACACAGACGUCUUCCUGACAGACAACUCGUCCUCCGUCAUUAUCGGCGAGGCGGGCGGGCCUACAGCCAAUGCAGACGGGGGAUCGGAAAGUCCCGGGUCCCAGUGGGCGUGCGACGGCUUCACCGAUAAAGAGGAAGAGGAGGAGUCAUACAGGCUGGAGAGUGGCAGCAAAGCAGCUCACAUCAGAUUGAAUGAGACGGAUCCUACGAGCCAAAUCCCAAAAUCAGAGGGAGAUCUGCUGUUUGCUCAAAAGUGUGCUGAGCUACAGGGUUUUGUCAGGCCCCUGCUGGAGCUGCUGAAUGGACUGAAGAGGGGCCGAUUCGACCGCGGUCUGAGUAGUUUCCAGCAGAGCGUUGCCAUGGAUCGAAUCCAGAGGAUUGUGGGAGUUUUACAGAGACCCAACAGCGGGGAGAAGUACCUGAACACUUUGCUCCAGGUGGAGAUGAUGUUAAAGCUUUGGUUUCCUCAGAUCCCCACUCAGCCUGUCUCUGCAGCCUCCAGCGUCGCCACAUCCCCUGCCCGCUCCCUCCAAGACACUUCCAGCUCCACCCCGCCACACAAGCACAGGGAUCAGUUACAUAUUCCCGUCAAGAAACGUAGACUCAGCUGGACAGGCACGGACGCUCCCGCGCCUUCGGCAGCGCUUCUCAAGUGCCCUCGUAUCAGAGGGGAGGAGAAGAGGGUGAAGCAAGAUCAAGAUGAAAGGGACGACCCUCCUCCUCCAUCACUGGCUUCUGAUGCAAGUCAAAAUCCACCAGAUGUGGCCGGUAACAGCCAGUUAAAUGAGGACACAAAGGGAAAGGACAGUGACAGCGAGGAACUAGGCAAGCUAUCAAAGUACAAAGCAGGUCAACGCUCUGAGCCGAGCCUGACGUGGGUUCACGUCGCCCCCAUCCUGUCCCCGCGAAAAGCCUGCAACUCACACGAGGGCACAACCGCGGCGGUUAACAAUGAAAACCAGCCUGUCACUGCCAUUCUCCCGCCCAGCAGGAGGGGCAGCCCCGCUACACAAGACAGCUCCAUCUCUUCUACCACACCCUACAAGCACCCCAAAAAUUUGAAGAAGCCAAUCCGGUGCCAAAGCCAGCCUGUUGCUGGACAACAGAGUGAGAGUGAGACCGUCAAGGCCUGCCAGGGUCAAAGCCAAUCUCCUCAUGUCACACUUAAGCCUUUGCCCAGGGUGUGCCCCACCCCCUUAGAGACCUGAUGCAUUGAACAAGCAAGGAGCCGGCAGCGUCGCUUUGUUACACCACUGAGCUUAAAGCUGCUGUGAGAGGAAGAAGGGAAGAGGAUGAAGGCCUGUCAUUACAGAAACAUUAAAGAGAGGAAGGGGAGGAAAGAAUUGUAGGUGCUUAGAUGUUGAAGACAAAUGAUAGAUGACACACAACCCCUCAUCAAGACCACAACUUUAACAGUAUUUCAAACAACAGGACGUAAUGUAUUCCAAUGAAUCAAAUCUAGUCAGUAAUCACAAUUCCAUAACAGUUCA